AUGGUCAAUCAGUGCUGCGUGCUGAGGUGCCCGAGCAAAGCCAAGCGCACCACCAAGCGCUUCCACAGGUUCCCCAAAGACCUGGACAUCUGCAGGCUGUGGCUCUCAGUCAUAAAGCACCGACUGGCCUCGGAGAACAUAAACAGAGACAGUGUGAAGAACCUGCGGGUGUGCAGCGACCACUUCUUACCGGAGGAUUACAGAGAAAGAUCCCUGAAUAACUCGCUCAACGCUUCAGCCGUGCCUUCGGUUUUUCCGUGGAGUUUGACGCUACCUCCUCAGACCAGUGAGGCAGGGGUCCAGGACUGUAGCCCAAAAGAUGAGCCAGGUCCAGCCUUUAGAGUGCCCCAACCUGAUCAUAAAUUCCCACGUGCCGAUCAACAGCAUUCAACAUCAGCAUCAUCUUGCACCGUCUUGGGUGUUUUCCGAAAAAGAAAAUACACCUACUCCACUCUCAACAUGUUCCGAGGUGGAAGAGAAAUCAUGGGUCAAGAGCCUUCAGACGUAUCAAGGGACAUUUUUAAGGGCAGUGAGGUGCUUGUGAGCACACAGCGCUUGCUGGAGCUCUUCCAGUACUGCUCGCUCUGUCAGAUCGAGAGCUGCAUUACCAUUGAGGGCAAUGAGAGGCAGUUUUCAAUUACCCAGGACUGCCAGAGCUGUGGCUUUCACAGACAGUGGACGAGUCACCCCACUCCUGCUGACGAACCUGUGGAGGCCAUAAAUACACAGCACAAACACCCUGAGGAGGCCAUCCAUGAAGAACACACAGAACAAGGAGAGGUCCUUCAGAAAGAGCAUGAGGAUGAUGAUGUAGCAUCAUCCCCAAAGGUAGGACGCACAGCAGAACUUGGGGACAGGGAGGCGAACGAGGUUGAGGUUCAGAUUGCGUCAUCCGAUGAUGAGGGUGCUGAACAGGACUGUGAGCAGAAUGAUGAAUCUUAUUCUUCAAGUACUGAGGAGGAAACAAGUGAGCUGGAAGAAGUGGAGGAAAAAGGAAAGAGGAAGUCUAAGAAGCAGGACAGUUCGGAUGAGUGGGAACCACAUUUAGAUGAAGUAGCUUCAGACUCUGAUGUAUCUGUGGGUGAAGAUGGCAGUUUAAUAGAGGAUGGUCAAGGUAAGGUUGUGAUGUGGUGCACAGUCUGCAGGACUGACGCUACGCUCUCUUGUUCCCUCCAUCGCCACAAAAAAGUGUUCGCCUGUGCCCAGUGCGGCGCUGAUGACAACGUCGAGACCCAUAGUUUUGAAAAACUACUUGUUCACUUUGAUGACUUUCCCAGCUUUCAGAAACAUGCUGAAAAGGAACAUGGAGCCAAGCCCUUCCGUAAGCUCUGCCAGGAAUGCGGCAAACUUAUUUUAGCAGAGCCCAAAUCCAGCGGUUGUAAAGAUCAUGUGUGUGAACACAAGACCAAACCUAUCGUCUGUCCAGAGUGUGGGAAAAGAUUCCUUACCGAGGUUGGCCUGAAGGGACACUGCAGUAGACUUCAUAAGGACGCCGACCACCCGUGCAAAUACUGUUUGAAGCUCUUCACGAACAGGCCAUCAAAGCUGGAGCAUGAGCAGACCCAUCCGAAGGAAAAACAGCCAUACAGCUGUCCAGACUGUCCAGAGAGGUUCGACAACAUUCACAAACGCAACAGCCACCUGAAGCUCCAUAGAGGUCCGUAUAAGUAUGCCUGUAACACUUGUGGGAAGCGCUUCAGGGACAUCAUUAUGCUGAAGAGGCAUAAGCUCAUUCACUCUGGAGAAAAGCCCUUCAGAUGCCAGGUGUGCGAUCGUUCUUUCAACCAAAUGAGUAAUCUCAGCUCUCAUAUGCGCCUCCACACUGGGGAGAAGCCCUUCAUGUGUGAGCAGUGUGGAGAGUGUUUCAAUCACAACGUCAGCCUGAAGAACCACCUGAUGCGGUAUCAUCAUGCAGUUUUGUCUCAGACAGAGACACAAAGUGCCAAUGUGAUCCAGAGAACAGUGCACAGGGAAUAGUUUUGAACAGUGGUUGCCUUGAUGAAGGCACAAAGUGGACCAGUAAAAUAUGUAGCUAUGAUGUAGUUUCGUUCAUGUUCUCUUUAAGUUCUCUGCGAAUUCAAUGAUGCCUUUUAGCUGGAACAACAACCAGGGAGUCAUAAACACUAAAGUGAAUAGGGGCACAUCAUUCAGCCAAACACAUAAAAAGAGACUGAAUUAUAUUAAUCAGACUGAGAAGUACAGUGCUGGGUGAAAUUUUUGAUAUGCUUGAUAAAGAUAAAGAAGAAAGUCUAUGAAACAAUUUCAUUAGGUGCUUAUUGUGUUUGGUUUCUUGAAUAUUUGCAGUGCAAGAUUAAGCUGUUUAAAAGAAAAAAAUAUAAAAUAUUAUCUCCGGGUACCAGUUAUUCUAAAUUCCUCUGCCCAGUUGGCUAUUUCACAACACAGGAGACACAAAAGUAAUUGCCCCAUAGUAAUGGCCCUGAUGUCUCCAAUUUAUAUCUAUGUAUCUGUUAUGUAUCUAUGAAGAAUUUCAGGCUGUGUAUCCAAAACAGCAACAUCCUCACAACAGGUUGGCUAAAUCUUGCAUCUGAAGAAUGCUUUAUGUUGGAAAAGGUGAUUAGUGCAUGGAGUAAAAUAUACUAAUAAGUCAUAGCUAAUGUUGUGGCUUACUCUCUAGUUAUUCUUCAGGGAAUUUCAGUUUAAAUAAAUUUUCCCAAAAGAUAUUUAAAACAUUUGAUAUCUCUAAGCACUUAAGCAGCUGCCUGACCUGUGGCAGCCCUGAAAAUGCUGGUUUGUUCUGUGGGUGGUUGUCGAAUCUGUACAUGUAUUGUCUAACUGACUGUUAGACUGUUAUCAAACCUAAUUUGAAGAAGAAAUGCUUGUGUAGGCUUAUUUAAGCUUUACUCUUGACUGUACACAGUUCCUUGUGAUGGAAAUAAAUUUCCAUACCAUGAUUCUCUAAUCACUUCAAGGACCUUAUGUAAAAACAAAGUACAUAUAAUUAUUAGUCAUUAUUUUAAUAAGAACCUAUGGUUAACACAUGUACGUUCAUUUACCACUAUGGACAAAACAUAAUUCAAAUGUAAAUAUGCUUUUUAAUUUUUUUUUAAAGAUCACCCUGUUUAUGGAAAGUGUUGAGCACAAUGUAAUUUGCCAAUCUCAGUUUAUUGUGCGUCAUAGCAUCUCAAUGCCUGUAAGUUUGGCUCUUGGACUUGGACUCUGUUUAAAAAUAUUCCACAAAAGCAACAAUGGCAGAGCUCACAAUGUGGAUGGCAAGGGUUUGCAUUCUGUACAACUGGGGUCCAGUUUUAGUAGAUGAUUACUCAAAUUUCAUCUUCUAUGCCAAAUCUCAAGAAGUUGAUUGGACUUCAUGUGUAAUUUAGUUAAUCUGGCUUUUCUUUUGUAUUUUUAGGUGAUUACAAAUGCAUUUGUCUGUCCAGCCAAAACCACAAAACUUCUUUGAUGCUUUUUUAAUUCUAAAUAAACUUUGAUAACAGAAAA